UCUGAAGUUGUGUAAUCAAGAGGCAUGGAACAAAACCCGCUCGCUAUUAUUGGUCUUUUCAUGGCCUAGGUUUCAAUGGGGGGUGUACGGGCACGGGUGCCGAAUGGGCUCAACUUGUGUUCGUCCGCGCGAUCCAGAACUCCCACGACUGGCGUCGCAGUCAGCUUGACAGUUAAAUGGCGAGCUUGGGACCUCGGGGUGUUGUACAAACUGAGUUCUCGACAGAGAUCUGCUGCCUCAGAAAACAUACCUCGUCUCACCCGCCCAAAAUGCCUUUCGCCGUGUCCCAGUUGUACCAAUACACCCACGUCCCCGAGACGGAGGAGAACCUUGAUUGGGCUGACCUUCCCACCAUUGAUCUCGCCAAAUAUGGCACACCAGAGGGCAACGAAGAGCUCGCCCAGACACUGAUUGAGGCCAUUCGCACAAAGGGGUUCUUCUACGUCAUCAACUAUGGCAUCUCGCAAGAGGCCGUCGACACACAAUUCGCUCUCGGUCAAAAGUUCUACGAGCUUCCCCUGGAAGAGAAACUCAAGUACGAACCGGACUUGGACUCGGGAGACUACAACGGAUACCGUCCCGCGGGUAGGCGGUUCCUGAGCGGCGACCUCAAGGACAAGACGGAAGUCUGGAACAUGGCCACCAACGCUGGGCACAUCACGCAGCCCCUCCCUAAGCUGUUGGAGGAUCGCAAGGAAGAGAUUGAGGGUUUUGCCAAGGACCUGCACGACAAGGUACUGGACCCUCUGAACCACCUCAUCGCUCUGGCGCUGGAGCUGCCCGAGGACUUCUUCACAAAGGUGCACAAGUGGGAGACGCACGACGAGUCCCAUCUGCGGUACAUGAAGUACUCCAAGUUCACCCCCGAAGAGAUCGAGAAGCUUGAGGACGGCCUGUGGUCCCGCGGACACACGGAUCUAGGCACCAUCACCCUCCUGUUCAGGCAGCCGGUGGCAGCACUGCAGAUCAGGGAUCACAAGACCGGCGAGUGGAAGUGGGCGAAGCCGCUCGAUGGCAGUCUGACCGUCAACACCUGUGACGCCCUCAGCUUCCUGACCGGGGGUUACGUCAAGUCGACCGUCCACAGGGUCGCGGUGCCGCCCAAGGACCAGCGUCACGUUGACCGCCUUGGACUGUUGUACUUUGCUCGCCCGCAGAACGACCUCGUGCUCAAAACCAUCGACUCGCCGGUGCUGAAGCGCGAGGGCUUCACCCAGAACGAGUUCGAGACCGGCGGCCACCGCGUCCCGACGAUGGGAGAGUUCACCAUCCUCAAGCAGUCGUGGCAGCAGAGGAAAGGCGUCAGCUAUCAGUCGUCCGAGGGGCAGGAGAUCCUCCCGGGCUUCAAGGGGCAAUACUUUCAGUAAGAUACGAAUCAAGUCGGGAAAAGCGAUAAAUGAACAAACGACCGAAGCCAGCACAGCGGGCAUGGGCAUAAUGGGGGUGGGGUUGUGCCGUAGUUACGCGGGAGGUUUCGCGCUACUUUUGUUAGUUGUAUCAACAUGAGAUAAAUACAAGAUUCCGUGCGAAUUCAAGAUUUGCGAU